GUGUUAUUUACAUCUGUUCAAGUCAGUGUGGAGUGGUGUGUCUUUCUUUUUCAAAUCAUCCUGGAGAAGAAAUUUUUAAGCCAAAGUCAGGAAAAUAUACUAUCAUCCAGUAAUUGUCUUUUUUACUUGACCUGUUUCGGUUUCUAAGACAAUGGCAAUGAAAUUCUGGACUCAGCGUGAGAGCGAUUCGGAGGAUGAGGAGAGUGAUUAUGGUGAGGAAAUUGAAACCGGAGGAGGUGAGCCUAGCACCAAAAUAGCGGACAACAAGUACCUGAAGCACUCAUAUGAUAGCGAUAGUGAUGAUUCGGAUGACCAAAAGCGUGUGGUUAGAUCAGUGAAGGACAAGCGUUUCAAUGAGAUGAAUGCCACUGUCGACAGGAUGAAGAAUGCAAAGAACAUAAAUGAUUGGGUCAGCUUGCUGGACUGCUUUGACAAGAUCAAUAAGCAGCUUGAGAAGUUCAUGCGGAUCACUGAGUCCGAAAAAGUACCAACUCUAUACAUUAAAGCACUUGUUUUGUUGGAGGAUUUUUUGAGCCAGGCUCUAACAAAAAAGGAUGCUAAGAAGAAGAUGAGUAGCAGUAAUGCCAAGGCCUUGAACUCAAUGAAGCAGAAACUGAAGAAGAACAAUAAGCAGUAUGAAGACUUGAUCACCAAGUACAAGGAGAAUCCGGAGCAGAGUGAAGAGGAUGAAGAAGAUGAGCAGGAGGAAGAUGAGGAAGAAGAUUCUGAAAUUGAGGAUCCUACAGAUAUUGCAGCGUCGGAUGACGGAGAGGAAGAAGAUGAUUCCAAGGAUGGUUGGGAAAAGAAAAUGAGUAAGAAGGACAAGCUCAUGGAUAAGCAGUUCCUGAAGGACCCCCGUGAGAUCACAUGGGAUACAAUUAACAAGAAAUUCAAAGAGGUUGUGGCUGCUCGGGGAAGGAAGGGAACCGGAAGAUUUGAGCAAGUUGAACAGCUUACCUUCUUGACAAAGGUUGCUAAGACCCAUGCACAGAAGCUUGAGAUUCUUUUCAGUCUUGUUUCUGCUCAGUUUGAUGUCAACCCUGGUCUAAGUGGGCACAUGCCUAUACAUGUGUGGAAAAAAUGUGUGCAGAAUAUGCUCAUUAUACUUGAUAUUCUGGUCCAAUAUCCAAACAUUUCUGUGGAUGACAAGGUGGAGCCUGAUGAGAAUGAAUCCCAGAAGGGAGCUGAUUACAAUGGGACAAUCAGGGUCUGGGGAAACUUAAUGGCCUUUGUAGAAAGGAUAGAUACCGAGUUCUUCAAGAGCUUGCAGUGCAUUGACCCUCAUACCCGUGAAUACAUUCAAAGACUUCGUGAUGAGCCUUUGUUUGUGGCUCUUGCUCAAAAUGUUCAAGAAUAUCUAGAAAAAGUUGGAGAUUUCAAAGCUGCUGCAAAAGUUGCCCUGAGGCGGGUAGAACACAUUUAUUAUAAGCCUCAAGAAGUUUACGAUGCUAUGAGAAAACUGGCUGAGCAGAUAGAAGGUGGUGAUGAAGUUGAAGGCCAGGAGCCUGUAGCAGUGGAGGAAAAUCGGGGUCCAGCUACGUUUGUGGUGACCCCUGAGCUUGUACCUCGGAAACCAACUUUUCUGGAGAGUAGUAGGGCCUUGAUGGAUUUUCUGGUUUCUCUCAUAUACAAGUAUGGAGAUGAUCGCACUAAAGCUCGCGCAAUGCUUUGUGACAUUUACCAUCAUGCUCUUCUGGACAAGUUUCCUACUGCUCGUGACCUGCUGCUAAUGAGUCACCUGCAAGAUAGUAUUCAGCACAUGGACAUUUCAACCCAAAUACUUUUUAAUAGGGCCAUGGCACAACUUGGUGUCUGUGCAUUUCGAAAUGGACUAAUCACUGAAGGACAUAGCUGCCUUUCUGAACUCUAUUCAGGUGGACGAGUGAAGGAGUUGCUUGCACAAGGUGUCUCCCAGAGUAGAUAUCAUGAGAAGACUCCAGAACAGGAAAGGCUGGAGAGAAGACGACAGAUGCCCUUCCAUAUGCACAUAAACCCUGAGCUCCUUGAGGCAGUGCAUUUGGUAUGUGCCAUGCUGCUGGAAGUUCCUAACAUGGCAGCAAACAUCCAUGAUACAAGGCGCAGAGUGAUCAGUAGGACAUUCAGACGGUUGCUUGAAAUGAAUGAGAAGCAAACUUUCACAGGUCCCCCUGAAAAUGUGAGGGACCAUGUAAUGGCAGCAACCAAGGCCCUCCGCAAGGGUGACUUUCAAAAGGCCAUUGAUGUUAUCAAUUCCCUUCAUGUCUGGAAACUCUUCAGGAAUCGGGAGACUGUUCUUGAGAUGCUCAAGGCUAAGAUCAAAGAGAAGGGUCUGAGGACCUACCUUUUGACUUAUUCCCGGUCUUAUAAGACGUUAAGCAUGGAACAACUCACCAAGAUGUUUGAUCUCUUAGAGGCACAGGCUCAUGGCCUUGUUAGCAAGAUGAUGAUCAACGAUGAGCUCCAUGCUAGUUGGGACCAACCGACACGUUGCAUUGUCUUCCAUGACAAUGAACACACUAGGUUGCAGGCUUUAGCUUUCCAGUUCACUGAUAAGCUGUCAAUCCUUGCAGAAAGCAAUGAAAGGGCAACAGAGUUGAAAAUAGGUGGUGGAGGGUUAGAUUUGCCUCCAAGGCGUAGAGACAGCCAUGACUAUGGUGCUGGAAGUACUACAAUGAGUGGCAGGUGGCAAGAAAACUUAUCUUUUACUCAAGGAAGACAAGGUGGUGCCACUGGACGUACAGGUUACAGAUCAUUGACAUAUGGUCAUUCUGCUGGAGGGGGAUAUCCUAGGGACCGCACAGGCACAGGUCAGUUCCGAGGAAUGGGACAAUAUACACGGCAUCAAGGUAGUGCGCAUCAAGGGAGGACUGGCUAUCAGUCUACUUCAUCUGGAAGGGGAACUCAGAUGGAUACAUCAGCCCGUUUGGUCAGUCUUAACAGGAGUGUUCGUGCUUAA